GGGCGUGGCCAGCGCGGGAGCGGAGCGGGAGGCUGGGGCCAUGGCUCAGGUCCUGCCUGCCGAUGCGUUCCCAGGUCGCCGCCGCUCGGGGUCAGGACCGGCGCCGGGGCCGGGGGACGCGCGGUACACGCUGGAGACGGCCUAUGGGUACCGGCUGGACCUGGGCUUCCUGGGCUACGUGGAGGCCAUCGAGAAGGGGCUGACGCUGCGGCGAGUGCCGGUGAACCGGCGCCUGCACCGCGCCUCGUGGGCCGGGGGCCGGGAGCCGGAGCCCCGCGCCCGGCCCCGGGGCGGGGGGGACGAGGAGGAGGCCGGGGCGGGACCGGCGGCGCUGCGCUUGGUGCGGGAGCAGAUGGCGGCGGCGCUGGGGCGGCUGCGGGAGCUGGAGGAGCAGGUCCGGGCGCUGCCGGCGCUUCGCCGCCGCCUCGAGCGGCUCCAGGAGGAGAAACGGCAGCUCCUGGAGCGGCUCCGGAGCCACCGCGGCUGCGGCUGCGGCGCCGGUGCCGCCGAGGAGGGAGACGGCGUCAGCGGGGCCGUUGUGGGGAGCGGGAGCGGCGCCGGCAGCGCCGGGGCCGGCUCCGGCAAUACCGGAUCCAUUGGUGGUUCCGGGAUCGGCUCCGGCAUCACCGGGUCCAUUGGUGGUACCGGGAUCGGCUCCGGCAUCACCGGAUCCAUUGGUGCGACCGGGACCGGCUCCGGCAUCGCCGGGUCCAUUGGUGGUACCGGGAUUGGCUCCGGCAUCACCGGAUCCAUUGGUGCGACCGGGACCGGCUCCGGCAUCACCGGAUCCAUUGGUGGGACCGGGAUCGGCUCUGGCAGCACCGGAUCCAUUGGGGGGACCGGGAUCGGCUCCGGCAUUACCGGGUCCAUUGGUGCGACCGGGAUCGGCUCCGGCAGCACCGGAUCCAUUGGUGGGACCGGGAUCGGCUCUGGCAGCACCGGAUCCAUUGGGGGGACCGGGGCCGGCUCCGGCAUCACCGGCUCCAUUGGUGGUACCGGGACCGGCUCCGGCUCCAUCGCUGCCGCCGGGACCGGCUCCGGGCAGGCGCGGGCGCUGCCGCGGGGCCGCCGCUCGGUGGCCGUGGGCACGGACGGGGCCGCGGCGCUGCCGGGGCGGGUGGUGGAGCUGGAGCAGCGCCUGCACCGGGCGCUGGAGGAGCUGCGGGAGGCCCGGGCCCGGCUGGGACAGCAGCCGCCGGGUGACGCCAACGGGGCCGAAGGCGACGGAGACCCCCCCGGGGGGGGCAGCGGCAGCUCCUCCGACGACAGCGAGUACCAUGAGGCAGAGGGCCCCCCCCCAGGCCCCUGCGGUGCCGCUGCGUGACAUCGCGUGACGUCAUACGAGCCCUCAUGACGUCACAGCGCACCCUGUGACAUCAUCACCCAGCAUCCCCCCCCCCCAUUUGCGUGUCCCCCCCCAACCUCCCCCCCAAUA